AGACGGGAGGCGAGGGGAGGGCAGAGGGAGCGCGCCAACCCCUCUCUCCUCUCUCUCUUCUCUUCCUUCGAUCGCUCGCAGUCCUGCCUGCACGCCCUCCCUCACUCCCUCCCUCUCCCUCGCUCCCUCGCUCCCUCGCCUUUGUGCUUGGCUUGCUCGCUCGCUCGACCGCGCUCACUUCGUGCGUGCGUGCGUGCCUGCCUCUUGUCUCUCCGUGUCCUCUCUGCUCUCUCUGCUCUCUGCUCUCUCGCCAACGUUCGUCUCGGCUCUGCUCUGGCCUUCGCUCUUUCACGAGCCUGCGCUGUUCUGUUCUUUUCUCGUGCACGGCAAGUGCCGAUUGCCGAUUGCCGAUACAGUAGCAGGAACGACCGUCCGACAGAAGGGCUGGUUUUUCUCUGCGUCUCGAGAGUCCGAACGCACGCUCUUCUUCAUCACUGCCAUUGUAGCCUUGGUUGCAUCACAACAACCUGGCUCCAUGUUUCCUAUCUGGGGCCGGUUACUGGUAGCGGAGCCCCUUAUGUUCUCGUCUGGUGUGGUGUAGAAUCUCUGUGUCAUCUCGCCUCUCCUCUGGGCUCGUUCGCAUUCGUGCAGUGCGGGGCUCUGGUUCCGGUUACGCGUCAGUCUUCUUUCUUUCUAGGUUUCGGAUUUUUUUUAUUUUUUAAAUUUUUGUUUAGUUUCUGGCUGAUUUUUCAAAAUCUUGGAGUUGCCGACUGUGCAUCGAGCGGCGCACGAGUCUCCUCCGUUCUCGAUUGUGCGCUUCUUCCGCGUCUUGGCGUCGAUUAUCUUCUGUGCACUUUUCUCCUCCUGGCUGUAACUCGUGUCCGAUUUCAGGUCUUUGUCUCUGCGAUCAGUCUGGUGUGCCGAUCGCAGCUUUGCCCUGGUCAGGUCUGCUUUGUCGCCUUCCUACCGGCUGAUUUCUCCGUCCCAAUUGGCAUUCCCUCUUCUUUUUCCCACAGUCGGUGUCGAGUGCGGCUGUCACACCGCUCCGGACCGUACACAUUUUCUUAUUCACAUUAUCGGUAUCUGUGUUACGCUAGUCUAGCGGGGAAGAGGUUAAUUGCUCGAACUUUCCGGGUAGUUUUUUCGAUCUAAGACACCUGGUUUGAAGGUCGCCUUUAUCACGGGUCGAUCAUUUCUAGAAGAACUUCUCUCCGCUCAAAAGGACUUUAUCAGUACCGGAAAGAUGUACGCAAUGGUGCCUCAACAGCAGGCACAGCAACAAGUUACGCAACAGCAGCAGCAGGAGCAGUUGCAAUAUCAGCAACGACUGAAUCAGCAGAAUCUUAUGCAGCAGGCGAUGCUCCAGCAGCAGCAGCCUAUGUACCAUCCGGGAUUACUCACUGCAAUGUCUCAGAUUGAGCCAAUUCCAAGUGGAAAUCUGCCUCCAGGGUUUGAUGCAACUUCAUGCCGCAGUGUGUAUGUUGGAAACAUUCACACCAAAGUGACUGAAGGCCUGCUUGCAGAGGUCUUCGCCAGUGCCGGCCCUCUAGAAGGGUGCAAACUAAUCAGGAAAGAGAAGUCCUCGUAUGGCUUUGUAGACUACUUCGAUCAUAGAUCAGCUGCGGCUGCUUUGCUCACUCUCAACGGGAGACAAAUGUUUGGGCAGGCAAUUAAGGUCAAUUGGGCUUAUGCCAGUGGACAAAGAGAGGACACCACAGGCCACUUCAACAUUUUCGUUGGUGACCUCAGCCCUGAGGUUACAGAUGCAACCCUAUUCGCUGCCUUCUCUGUAUACUCAAGCUGCUCUGAUGCUCGCGUCAUGUGGGAUCAACGAUCUGGUCGUUCUCGGGGUUUUGGCUUUGUCUCCUUCAGAAGUCAGCAGGAAGCGGAAAGUGCCAUUUCCGAGAUGACCGGAAAAUGGCUUGGAAGCAGACCCAUUCGUUGCAAUUGGGCAAUUAAAACCAAUAUGGGUUCAGCAACUGAAGAUAGCAACAAUUCAAAUGGAACUGUCAUUGGUGGUGGUGUGGACCCGGCCAUGUUGUCUUCUCCCCAACCUGUUCAAAAGCAAGAGGUGCACCAACAAGAUGAACAACAUCAGGAGGAGUCACAGGGCGAUGCCCCUGAGAACAAUCCUCAGUACACUACAGUGUAUGUUGGAAAUUUAGCUCACGAGGUAACUCAAGCUGAACUGCACCGUCAAUUUCAUUCAUUGCAAGCCGGCAUUAUUGAAGAUGUACGCGUUCAAAGGGACAAAGGUUUUGGGUUUGUAAGAUACCGCUCCCAUGAAGAGGCCGCUUACGCUAUCCAAGCAGCUAACGGAAGGGUCAUAUGUGGCAAGUCUGUGAAAUGUUCAUGGGGAAGCAAACCAACGCCUCCUGGCACAUCCUCCUCACCCCUUCCCCCACCUCCUCCAAUGGGACCGUUUCAAGGAGUGAUUGCCCAAACGGGUAUGAAUCAGGGUUAUACUACUGCUGAUUUAUUGACCUAUCAGCGACAAUUGGGAAUGGCCCAAGCUGGACCAGGUCGGGCGCUGCUUCCACUCCCUCACCAACAAGGGUUAGGGCUGGGUUUAGCUCAGGCUCCUUUGGGUGCCACUGCGAAUCGUGCCGUGUAUGAUGGCUUUCAAGCAAGUGCUGCCCUACAGGCAGGGCAGAUGGCGCAGCAACGCAUGUAUUACUGAAGGAACAUCAGCUUAGCACUUGUAGACUUCAACGAUGGGUUUUUUUGGGUUUCUUCGUGACGUAUCCAUCUUACUAAAUUACCAUAUUUUCAGAAAAUAAGUGUAGCAGGUAGUGUCAAUCACCCUUUGUCCAUGAAAGUCCUGGUAAAUCAGGUCAAAUUUUAGCAUCCGGGGAACCUGAGUCAUAGAAAAAGGCCUUUAGAUCUCACAUCUGAUAUCAUAGAGAAUCGAAACAGUUAGUUACCCGGGAAAUUCAUGGUGGUCGUGAUCAUGGUCAUGUGAGGGUUGUAUGAAAGUGGUGCUGUCAUUCCUUUCAACAGGUAGUUAAGUUUUGUCUUUGAUAGGUCGUGUCCCUUGCAAUCACAUCUUAGGUCAGUGUUCCUGUACGGGGAAUGCCCAAGCACGGCUCUCAAUAGGGUAGAGUGGCUACUCAAGAUCGGGGUCUUGACUGCAGCAGGCAUUUGGGAAAAGCUGGAGCUUGCCCAAUGAAUAGCAAUAGCAAGGGAACAACGGUGUAAAAAGGAUACAAUGUUUCUUUUAUUUCUGGCGAAAAGGUACUAUCUUUCAAUCAUGAACAAACGUGCUCAGUAAAGGGGCGUUCAGAAUUUUGUAGUCUAC